AUUUGAACCCAUGAGAAUUGCACCUAUGGAAUUUUUUUUUGUUUUACGGAUAUUUGAACCCAUACUAAUCCUUACCCAUGGGUUUAACACCCGCAUAUAGAUUGAACCCGCGGAUAUACACAUGGGUUCAAAUGUACGGUCACCGUCCCUAGCUUAUGCUUAGCAUUUAUAUUAUUCGCCGUGACCUGUACAUUGCAGCAUCCUCUAUGUUAUAUUGAGAAAUACGUUUACGAGUGAAAGUCGUUCAGAGUAGAGGUUCCCAACUUCCGCCUUGGGAGUGAAUUUGACCAAAAUUCAACGUUCUAUGUUGCGCAAUAGAUGCUAUUAUGUUAUUUGUCUUAGCCCCGCGUCAUUUUCUUUCAUCGCUUACUUACAACACACAUGGAAUAGACCAGUAGAUCUCAAAUUUUUAUGAACCGUAGGCCCAUCCUAAACAUUCUCAAUACUUGUGAGUCUGACCACCUGGUCUUCAAUAAAAAAUGGAUAUGUUUUCAAUCGGUUCCAUCAGGUAUUUUAUCCGCGACGUUUAAUAAUAAAAAAACAACCAACGAAAGUAAAAGAAUAAGUUCAUUACGUUCGAAAAAUUAAACAAACAACAGUUAAUUUACGUUAAAUCGAUAUAGUUAUCGUAAAUGAGGUUCGUGCUCCCCAAAAAACCCUCCGGGACCCUCCAGGGAUGGCCGAGGGCCCAGUUUGAGUAACUCUGGUAUAGACAGUAUACAGAGUUUAUGGGUAAAUUAGCCACAGGGUAAAGGAGAAGAUAAAAGUUGGGAAAAUUUGGUUAUGACAUUAUUUCGUUGCUUUGGAAUACAGUAGAACCCCCUCGGUGUCUGAUAAAUUUAUGUUACUCGAAAUGAUGAAUUUCUGCGAAAUGCUUUCCCACAAAAUGCUAAUUUGCAAAAAGUUGACAUCAGAUAACAUGUGAGAUCGUUUUAGAAUCAGGCCAAUCCUCCAAAAUUUAUCGCUUUUGUAGUUUUACUCCUAAAAGACUGACUGACAAAUUCACCACAACUUUAUUUUUUAUGAUCGCAAUGGAUGUCGCCCAAAUUAUAUGUAUUCUGACAUAAUAGAUGGCGCUCAUUUAUCAGAAAAUCGAUCAGAAUGCCGCAUUACGUAAUGUUUGUUGGGGCAAACCGAUCUGUUUCCAGAUAUUGUUUAGUCGAGAAUUGUGUAAUCCCAUAAAUAAUACUAUACCUUGUUUAGUAAGCGUGUUUGACAACAAUUAAAUGCCUGUGAAAACAAUUGUAAUUGUAUCGUGUUGUAUGGAUAGAAAUUCGAUGAUAUGUCGCGGCUCCAAUGGGCUGGGCUUUUCUCGUAAUAAAAUCUAAAGUAUUAAAUUCCAUAUUGCUGUCAUAUCAAAGAAAAAAUCGCUUAGGAAUAUUUAUAAAUACGACCCCAUGCUAUCCAUAGUCGCGACUAGAUCCGUAACAUCGGGCCGUCCAAAGAUUUUCGAAUCUUAUUUUAAUUGAUGGAAGGUUCAGUUGGGAGCAGAAGUUAAAGCCAGUUCAAAGUGUGGAAUUUUAAUUGGAGAAUUCGUCAACGUCAGUAAUCGCUUAAUUGUGCUUUUAUUCACCUGUUGAAUGAAAUCCGUGGUUUAAAGAUAUCCUGAAAUAAAAGAAAGUUUUCGAGGUUUAUAAUUUCAUCAAUUAUCAUGGGGUAUUCAGAAAACGACAACAGACGUGCGUCUUGUUAUAGUAUUGCAAGCAGUCUAGCAUCAACAGCUUUAGGAGAAUUUGGUGACGACAACAUGCGCCCUCCUACAAGUACGAAAGAAAUGGCGAUUGACCCACUGGAAAAGAUGGUGGAAAUCCAGUCGCAGGCGGAAUUUUAUCUCAGAAGUGCAAUCAUGAAUGAAAGAGCCAGAAGAUGGGAAAAGGUUGUUGAUGUGUAUAGGGCUUUGCUGAAACUGAUAUCAAGACCGUCAAUGCCUCAAGGUUUUACGAUAACAGAUUCUUAUGUGAUGUUGAUAUAUGAGUCGUACUAUCACUUGGGAGUGGCAUUACAGAAUCUCGAGCGACACAAAGAAGCUAUCGGUGCAUAUACACAAGCAAUGAACGCUGUUAAUAUUCAUAAGAAUGGCUGUCUAGCUGGAUGUAAUUCGAACUCUUGCUUCCAAACUCCGGUCUUGGCCAAACGAUCGUACGCCCACGCACGGGCGGGAGAUAUGAAAAACGCUUUCGUUGACAUUGAAAAAGCAGUUGUUUUGGACACCAGGAACUCAGACUUAUUUUGUAUAAGGGCUUUGUUGUGGAACACAAAUAAAGACACAGAAAAAGCUGUGGAUGAUCUAAAUCGAGCUUUGCGAUACAAUCCAUGCCAUGUAUGCGCAUUACUGUUGCGAGGAUCUAUUGACCAGCCGUUUCGGAUGACGUUCAAUUUCAUGGAAGGUUUACGGCUCCAAAACAACGAGAAGUCAAUGAAAAAAGAUCACGUAAAAGCCCAGCAGAUAAGCCCACAAGCGGUUCAAUUUUUAGAUGUCACAACUAUUCACAGCAAGAAACUUAUCAAGCUCUGGAACAGAUUUCUAUGGUCUCUAAGCGUUCCAAGAAAUAUUGUUCAUCCAGAAUUGAUGGAAGGUUUUAAAAGAGAUCGAUCAAAGGGCACAACGCAUCAGAUGCCUGAACUAACCCGUAAUAAGACCAUGCCGAUCAUACAAAUUAACGGAACAGAAACAGAAGUUACACCAUUACGAACGUCAGAGAGUAACUUUUCCAAAAAGCCACCUAGAAGUCCAGUUACACCUUUCAGAUGCGGAACACCGACCAUUCGACGCAAUUCAGUUCAUUGCAAGAGGAGGCAUUCGUACGGAGAAGCUUUGCGCACAUAUUCUGCUGUUCUAAAAGCGACAAAUGAAGUCGGAAAACUUAUUGCAAAUCAACCCAGACCACAAACAGCAAACACAACUCAAAUGCUGCCAUCAAGGACACAAAGUCAGUCGCCGAGCCCUGUUCCAAGGCCUCCAUCAAAUUAUGUAAAGAAACGACCAAGUGUUACAUUUUCCCAGCCUUUGCUUACUGUCCCCGGCAGACAAAACGGUACCAUGUCCGCCCCACCAAAUUUAGUUCAUCCACAACAUUCUACAAGAUUGUCCCCGACACCUCCCAUACGACGUGCUUCACUCGCAGUUGUUCCAAUGACGAAAUUGUCCUAUGCUACAUCGUCACAAUCGUCAAAAAGUCAACGUGACGUAGCAUUUGUAAGGCGAAGAUCUGCUUCAGAAUACGCUCAUCAAGUUCAUGGUCUUAGAGUAUUCGAGCCUUUGAAUGUUAACGACGCUCCCAGGAUGUACUAUAAGCCGUGGACUGGAGAUAAACUACCUGUCGCGGACAUUAAAUGUCGACAACGAGUUGGUGUUUUUCGAGUUUGACACUAGGGGUUAACUAUAUCGGUAUAAGGGAAGAACAAAAAAUGAAGAUGGAAAAGUGUUCGGAUUCAAGAACUGUUAGAGUGGAAAGAUAAAGAUGCAAUUUUAAAAGCUAGCUUUCGCAAUGUAUAUUCUAAGAUAUUUCGUUUUAUAUUUAAACUGAAUCAAAUACUUUAAAAAAUAUGGUUGUCUGCGACAUAAUGUUUGAUCAAUCGACACAAAAAUUACGAUGUUUGUUUGAUCCAAUCAUUAUUGUACAAAUAUAAAACAAC